AUGAAACUUUUAGUUAUUUUUGCUUUAAAUAUAAUGAAAGCUUACCAGCAAUCUGGUGGUGGUGGUGGUGGUGGAGGUGGAGGUGGAGGUGGAAGUGGAGAUUCUGGAUAUUAUAACUUUGACUCUGGAGGUGAUGCAAAUUGUGGAGAUGAUUGUUGGAUUCCUGUUACAGUUAUUUUCUCAACAAUUGUUGUUAUAAUUGUUUUAGUUUAUUGUUAUAGAACAGGUUAUUUAAGGUGUGAUUGCUAUAAAAUUACAAAAACAAAAUAAAGUUUGCUUUAGAAUUUUUUGUAAAAGGAGAAUACUUCUACUAGAGAUGAACUUUUAUAUGGAUUAGAAAUUUUGGGAAAUUGCAAUUGGAAUAUGAGUUAUUUUCAAAAAGCGUGGAAUAAUAUAAAAAUUUUAGAUAAAAAAAUUGAAAUUAAUUAUAAUUAGGAACUAAAUAAAAAUUACAUCGAUAUUAAUUUAUAAGCUCAUGAUUCAUUAGGAGAUUCAAUCUAUAAUGGUCACAUUAAAUAAAUUAAUAGUUUAUGGAAGAUUUUUAUGAUUAAGACUUAUAAAGAUAGGAUACGAUCAUAAUAAUUUGGUGAAUAUGCUAUUUUAAUUUAUGAAGGAUUUGCCAAUUAAAUUACUGAAGGAUUUAAAGGAAGAUGGUAUUUUUAUAAUUCUUAAUAAUCGAAUGGAGAAUGGAGAUGGUUACGCUCUAAAAAUGAUAUAUUAUGA